AUGUUUAGUUUCUUUCGUGGGCCGACGCUUGAAGAUCAGCUGUUCGAGCUAAAAGUCAACGCGAAGCAGUUGGUCUCCCUCUCAAAAAAGUGUGAGAAAGAAGAAAAAGAGGCGAAGGAGAAAUUAAGGAAGGCGAUAGUAGCUGGAAACCAAGAGGGCGCACGAAUAUAUGCUGAAAAUGCCAUUCGGAAAAAGAACGAAAGCCUUAAUUACUUAAGAAUGUCCUCAAGAAUAGAUGCUGUUGCAGCCAGGGUUCAAACAGCAGUGACUAUGAAUUCAGUGACGAAAUCCAUGCGCGGUGUUGUGAAGGAUAUGAGUUCUGCAAUGAAAUCGAUGAAUUUGGAAGCUAUAUCUGGUGUAAUGGACAAAUUCGAAAGGGAAUUUGAAAACCUUGAUGUCCAAUCACAGGUCAUGGAAGGCACUAUGAGUAACACGACAACCCUAAGUACUCCUACUGGCGAUGUCGACGCCCUAAUGAAGGAGGCUGCAGACGAGGCAGGAAUUGAGCUAAAUACUGCACUGCCUAGUGGUGUAAACUCCACGAUUGCAGCUUCCAGCUCCAACGUACCCGCUGAGGAACAAGACCUCUCAGAGCGUCUGGCUCGACUGCGUCAAGGAUGA